AUGGAUAAUCUGACUACGUCCUUUUUCAAGUUAGUUGUAUUUAACAACAACACUGCUUUCUUGGUAAACUCCCCAAUUAGCGAGAUAUUUAUGAAAUGCAAAGUUGUUUUAGACCCCCAUCGUACAUCACUACAAUUCCACCGCUCUCGUUUAAUGGAUGAAAUAUAUACGCGAGUGGCUAAGUCCAUCCAUGGCCUUUCUUUGGCCCAGGGGGGAAAGCGAUUCCUGGUGGCCAUAGCCGGGAUUCCAGGGUCAGGAAAGACCACGUUAGCUAAGGCGGUCGUGGAACGACUGAAUGAGAUGAACGGAUCUGUCUGUCACCAUGCAAUGUGUAUCCCAAUGGAUGGCUUUCACCUGCCUCGAGUUGCGUUGGACCAGUUUUCCAACCGAGAGCAAGCUUACGCUCGACGAGGUGCCCCGUGGACAUUUGAUGUGGCAGGGUUCACGGAAUACGUACAGAGUCUGCGGAUAUGGGCUGACGGCAAUUCGGCAAAGAUUCUCUAUGCGCCAUCCUUCGAUCACAAGCAGAAAGAUCCGGUAUCCGACAUGAUUGUCGAGGGAAACUAUCUGCUCUUUGAUGAACCAUCUUGGCGAGAUGUGGCCCCUCUAUUUGACUAUCGGCUGUUUGUUGACGCGGACUUAGAAGUCGCUAGAGAGCGAGUGGCAAAACGACACGUUCAGGCAGGAAUUGAGCCAAACAUUGAAAGUGGAUUUCGUCGGGUGGACGAAAAUGAUUAUUUGAAUGCGCGGGCUAUUUAUGGGAAGCGCUUGAAGGCAGAUUUGGUCAUUUGUAGCAUCGAUGAAACUAAGAUUUCCGGUUAG